AUGUCUAAUAUCUUUUUUGCUGUUUUCUUCCUCCUCUCUGUGGCUGACAAACUUCUGGCUGCCUCUACAAGGUCAUUUGGGCGUUCAUUGAUUGGGGUGUAUGCAGCUGCUGCUGCGGGGCCCACUAGAGCGCUGGAGGGGCCCCGCUGCCUCAAGGCAGCACAGGGGCCCCCGCUGGACGCAGAAAGAGGGCCCCUGCUUACUCAGCAGCGAGGCCCUUCUCUCCCCAUUGCUGCUGCAGCAGGUGGAAGCGGAGCCGCUGCCUUCCUGUCUUUCUGGUGGUUGCCGUCUCCAGCAGGGGGUCGACAGCCGUGGGGCCCUUUAGGUCUUAAGAUGAGUGAGAAGAGGUAUAAAGAACAGCUGAUGGGAAAGAAAUUUACAAGUGUUGGUCGUUCUUCUAUCGCAAGGCAUUACAGAAUUCAAGGAAGAGGAGGAGGCAAACCCCGCGUCAGAAAGGCUACAGGCCUCCCUUCAAACCCUAUCAUUUUACCAGCCAGGAGGUGUAUGUUGUUGGGGAAGAUGGACAACAGGAAGGCGCGGAGCAUCAGCCAUUCAGGUGUACGUACACAUCGAGUGCAGCGAGUAAACUUAGCUUGGAAGCGUCUAUGGUGGGCGGAGGGCGGGCACUACGUGCGGCUGCGGCUUUCGAUGAAGGGCCUCAAGACAAUAAAGAAAUAUGGUCUACAGCGUGCAGCAGAUAAAUUUAAACUCAACUUAAAAGACAAACGCCUCUUCGCGGGUGUCUCGCACAGGUGCUGUCCUGCCAGCCUCGGAGUGGGCAAGUACCGCACAGCUGGCUUACAGGAGGCCCUCCUUGGCUCCGGUGCUGCAUCAUCUGCUGCUGCUGCAGUACUUCCUGCUGCAGCAUCUUCUGUCGCAGCACCACCUGCUGCAGCUGCUGCAUUGCCCACCACAAGACUCCCUGCUGCAGCAGCUGCUCCUGCAGCAACAUCUCCUGCUGCAGCAUCUUCUUCAACUUGA